ACACAUUCCAAAAUCCGAAAACGAUUGUUCGAAAUGAAAUUACGAUUUUAGCCCUCUAGCGGUGUACAAGAUUAUCUAUCUAUCAUCACUCAAUUGAAGUAUAGAUACACAAGUGUCAUUAAACUCUAAAUCGAUGGAAAAGCAUCAAAUAACAACAUAAACAUUGUUUAUUGGAUUUAAUUUUGUAAACGAGCUGAAAAAAAGUACAUUGUAAACCAUUAUUGGAAGGAGUGUUCGACUGCUGUUGCAAUAAUUUAAAAAAAAUGAGUAAAUACAAUGGAGAUAGAAUGGCUGUUCGAAGAAUCCGUCAGUUGGUCGCCGAUUCAAAACUGUCCGAUUUCGAUCCGGAAAAAUCGGCACGAGAAAAACGAAAAUUAACACGGAAAAGCUAUGCGGAAUCAAAUCAAGCGCAACGCGGUCCACAGUCAAUGUUCGACGAAAAAGGAAGGUAUCGAUCAAAUGGCGCCGAUAUUUGUGAUUGCCUAGACAACACCUGCCCCGGCUGUCAUUUUCCGUGUCCAAAUUGUAAAAGCACAAAAUGUGGCACCGUUUGUCGCGUUAAUCGGAAAUGGCCAUUCGAAAGCAUAGAACAUGACGGAAAAGAUCUCGUAAUAAGAAACAAAAUUUUAGAUAAAUGAACAUAAUUUUAAAAAUAAUUUAUUCAACCGGGUUGUAAUGUAUCGAUCAUCACAAUUUGUUUUUAACUAUGUAUCCUCUGUAAACGUAAGUUUGAAAUUAAAGUCGUCUUGAUAUGUCAUAAUGC